AUGCCUAUGUUCAAGCAAAUGACUGAUAUCAAAAGAUUUAUCUCGUUUGGUGGCUGGGAUUUCAGUACCAAGCCCGAAACCUUCAACAUUCUUCGCGAGGAUGCUAAGCCAGCGAACCGCGGUACAUUCAAAAAGAAUAUUAUUGCUUUCCUUGACGAGCACAGACUAGACGGCGUCGAUGUCGACAGGGAGUAUCCAGGUCCUGAUUUUGGCGAUGGCGAGACCUGUGAUGAGACGGUUAACCUUGAUUUAUACAGCGAGUGUAACGCCACCUACAACUCCCUAAGCGCCCUUGAGGAUCGCAAAGGCAAGGUACCUUCUCACUGCAUGUACAUCUACAUCGCCAAGAUCUUAUCAAAGAUGAUGGAAGAUGCUCUCAAGAAGUACGACGACAUGGUUGAGGACGGGUAUGACGACAAGUUUAAGACGUUUGCGCGGUACGUCAAGCGGCAAGCCCCCUACCAGAUUAACGCUUUCAUGGGCAACGGCAAGGCCGGGAACUUCUCCAAGUGCGAGGAGACAGGCAUACGCAACUGCUGCGGUACAUCCAAAUGGUACUGCGAUCACGAGGACACUGAGGACUGUGACGACUAUGACCGGCUGCAAGAAUGGAAGGGGCACAUUCGAGAUUACGUGCCCGACAGAAUUCAAGAGCAGCGAAAUGCAGGGAAGAAUAUCAAGGACUGCAUCAAGGAACGAAACUACUUCUACUGGAAUUACCCAGAGGCCAGCAGCGACAUAGAGAUUUCCAACCCCCAGGAUAUCAUCGGAGACUCGCACGACGAGUCGAAAGAUCUGGCGUCUCGACUCAGGGUUCUCAUCAAGGUGACCCCUUGCAACGAGGUCGAGGACCCGGGUGACCUGGUAGACACUGCGAUGCUCCCUGCGCUCAGCAUUGAGUCAGCCAUCACUGGUAUGGAGGAUGUUGCCGAGAAGGUCGAAGAGAUCGAAGAGGCCGAGUGCGUGGAGAGCAUCAUGCUCUUCAUUAGCAGCUCCCUCUUCUUCAUCCCCUCCGUCGGCUCGGACGCCGGGUCCGUUGGGUUGGCUGGCGUUCGUGCCAUCCUCGGAAUACUUGGCUCUGUGGCCGAAGCUGGUCUUCUGUCAUAUAGCGUUGUUGAUGACCCUGACAACGCUUUCGCCACGAUCUUCAAGGCUCUGGCCACUCGAGGUUUGGGACGAUCUGGGUGGGACAAGGCGGCCAAAUCAAAGCGUGACGUGCCAUCCAAGGAUUUGGAUGCCCUGGGCGUUAAGAAACAGGUCAACAGAUUUGAAAACUUGAAGGUGAUUACUUGUAAAAAUUAA